AUCUGCUCUUUUUUUUCUCCCCCACUAAAAGGUUGCCUCCAAACCUAGAGUUCCGCUACGCUCAACGAGAGAGUGUAGUGCGUGGGCGGCGAGCCGCGGAGAGAUUUAGAAAGCGGCAAACGCUGAUUGGCAGCAAAGGGGUUCACUCCCCAUCUCCUGCUCAAGCAAAACCGGCACAGCCAAUCAGAGAAAGAGCUUCUGGGAACGACCCAAUCCUAGAGCGGAGUUGAGAGCGGGGGCGGAGACAAAUGGCUCAGGUGGACCCUGGUCUGGAGCUGUCCUGGGGUAGCUUGUUUGCUGCUGCUGUGGUGCUGGGGGUCGGAUCACCAGGCAAACACCCUUGGAGGUGGGGGUCAUCAUGAGCCGUUUCCUGAAUGUGUUACGAAGCUGGCUGGUCAUGGUGUCCAUCAUAGCCAUGGGGAACACGCUCCAGAGCUUCCGAGACCACUCCUUCCUCUAUGAAAAGCUCUACACUGGCAAACCCAACCUUGUGAAUGGCCUCCAAGCCCGGACCUUUGGGAUCUGGACCUUGCUCUCAUCAGUGAUUCGCUGCCUCUGUGCCAUUGACAUCCACAACAAGACGCUCUACCAUAUCACGCUCUGGACCUUCUUCCUCGCUCUGGGCCACUUCCUCUCUGAGUUGCUCGUGUUCGGAACUGCAGCUCCCACAAUUGGCGUCCUGGCACCCCUGAUGGUGGCAAGUUUCUCAAUCCUGGGCAUGCUGGUCGGGCUCCGGUACCUGGAAGUGGAGCCAGUAUCCAGACAGAAGAAGAGGAACUGAGGCCAGCAUCACCACCUCCAAGACGCCGUCAUCUUCCAUCUCUGCUUCUUCCUUCAUCCUGUCUUCUUUUUUGGCUCCAUCUCAGCCCCUUUACCAUUUUUAGCUUCUGUAAAUUUUUCUGGUUUUAUUUUUGAUUUUAUCAUUUUUAAGGUAUGUCCUGCACACAGAAAAGCACAUCACAUACCCGGAUGAUUUACAGAUAAUUUUAGAGUGGAUACUCUUCUCUAACACCAUCUAGUCGAGAAAUUGCCAUACCUCAGAAGCUCAAUGAGUUCUUCCUCCAUCCCCGACCGCCCUACCCUCUGGGUUCCCUUUUCCAAAAGGCUUCGGCUGGUUUUCCUUUUAUUUACAUUCCUUGAUUUGAUUUGUGUGCCAGGAACAUGGAACUGUGAAACUUAAAGCUGCUGGCCACCCCAAGCAGCUAUGACAAGGGCUGCUUCCUGGUGUCAUCCACAUGCAUUGGGCUCCUUUCUGCUGCCAGAACCAAGACUCGGAACCAGAGCUGUGCUGGGGGCAGGAGAGGCAGUGCUUCCAAGGAGGCUCAGGCAGAACCAGAGCUCCUCUGACCAACAGACAGAGGAGCGCUGGGAGAGUCCAGGCCAUUUUUAGACCUUCUAGUCAGCUGUUAUUGUGUAACAGAUUUUAUAAUAAAAAAAAAUUCUCCUGUGCUCA